AUGUCUAAUAUAUCGUCAAAUCCUCAGUCCGAGCAAACGAAAAAUCAACAAUCUCAAUCUCAAACACAAAAAUCAAAUGAUCCUUUAGCUACAAGAGUCGAAGAUUUAUACCUCGAGAGUUAUGCAUUUACAACAGCAGCUGCAAUAGUUGGGUCCGUUGAUAGGAAAAUCUUUGUAUUAUUGAGAGACGGAAGAAGCUUGUUUGGAAUAUUGAGAACUUUCGAUCAAUUUGCGAAUUUAGUUCUACAGGAUACUUUCGAAAGAAUUUACUUAAAUGAUCAAAAUAAUGAAAAAUUUGGAGAAACAUAUAGAGGGGUAUUUAUGGUGAGAGGUGAAAAUGUAGUUAUGAUGGGUGAAUUAGAUAUAGAUAAAGAAGAUGAUCAUUUGGAGAAAAUAGAGCAAAUUCCCUUUGAAGAAGUAGAACACCAAUUAAAAAUAAGGCAUUCAAAUUUGAUAACGGAAGAAAAACGAAAGACGAAAAAUUUUCUACAUAAAGGAUUGGUAAAUGAUUUUUAUAAAUCCGAUUUAUAUUAA